AUGAUGCGAAGUAAGAAUGUCGUGGAACAAGAACACAAUCGCAACAGUGAGAAAACCGAGCAUGCUCAGAGACUCAUGACCGCCACCAAAAUCAAUCAAGGAAAACCCGAAGUUGAAUGUGGUGAUACAACGAUCGAAGUUGUAUUUCUGACCGAAGCACUUUUUGAAGGGCGAAUUUUCGUGAUCGGUCGUGCAAAUGAUAGUAACUGCUUUUCACGGGAUGUUGGCCGUCGAACUACAUCAAUACUUAUCGAUAAGAACAAAUGUGGUGUCGCCACAACACGAUCGAUAGAUCCUCCUGGAUUGGUCUCAAAUGUGAAGAUUAUGAUUUCGUUCCACAACGAUUUUAUCACAAAAGUCGAUCGAGGCUACGAAAUCAGUUGCCUCUACAUGCAAGCUGACAAAACGGUCACAUAUCCGCUUACGGUGGCAACUCAAGAAAUAGCAGGAAUAACGGAACUUGCCGAAAUGCCCAGAUGUCGCUACGAGGUAAUUGAUCCUGAUACGAAAGAAGCGUUGAUGUCGUCACCGUAG